AUUCGGAGUGCGCUGAAAGCAGUGUGGAGCCAAUGGGUGGAGCAAAGAACAGAACAAGGUUGUAAAUCAAAACACGAUCCUGCAGGUAGAUGUGGCAGAAGAGGGAAACUAAAAGAGAGCAUGUGAAAAGGAGAACAGGGGAGAUAAGGAUAAGGUGAAAGGGGUUAAGUUACAGUCUUAUGAAGUUAAAGUAGUGUCUGCUGAAUGAGAAGCACAGAAGAAGGAAGUACAGAGCUGUUGGCUGAGGGAGUGGGAGGAUUAAUGUGAGAAACUGGAUGAAGUGACAAAGUGAAAGAGAGAACUGAGUUGAACAGAAAGCUAUAGUACACAGUGAGGUUGUUUGAGAUGAAACUUCAAACAAAGGUUUGCAGGUAGAACAGGCUACGGAGACACAGCACAGUACGAGACUGGGAUAGACAGCAGCAAAAACCGACAUAACGUCACCAUGUUGAUGAAAGAGUACAGAAUAUGCAUGCCUCUUACUGUGGAGGAGUAUAGAAUUGGUCAGCUGUACAUGAUCAAUAAGCACAGCCAUGAGCAGAGCGGGGGAGGGGAUGGUGUGGAGGUCAUCCGGAAUGAGCCUGACACACACCCUAAAUACGGAACUGGUCAAGUCACUGAAAAACGUAUUUACCUCAGCAGUAAAUUGCCCUCCUGGAUGAAGAAGUUUGUCCCUAUGAUCUUCUAUGUCACAGAAAAGGCCUGGAAUUUCUACCCAUACACUAUCACAGAGUACACAUGCUCGUUCCUUCCCAAGCUGAGCAUCAAAAUCGAGACGCACUUUGAGAACAACAAUGGGAGCAAUGAGAAUGUGUUUGAAGACAAACCCACACCUCAAGACAGUGUCUGCUUCUUGGAUAUAUUGAGUGACCCGAUUCCUGACAAGUACUACAAAAAAGAUGAGGACCUGAGCAGCUGGGUGUCAGACAAGACAGGGCGUGGCCCCCUGGUGGAUGGCUGGAGAAAUAACACCAAGCCCAUCAUGUGCUCCUACAAGAGAGUUCAGUGCAGCUUUGAGGUCUACGGGUUCCAGGGCCGGACAGAAGAGUUCAUCCACAGGAAUAUCCGUGACAUCUUGCUGGUAGGACACAGACAGGCAGUGGCAUGGAUAGAUGAGUGGCAUGGGAUGAGCCUGGAGGAAGUGAGGGAGUUCGAGAAGCAGCUGCAGCAGGAGACGAACCAGAAGAUGAAGAAGGACAUGAGUGACUCAGGCUCAGUCGCUCCUGUACGUCCCUCCUUCUCCCGCUCUGUCUCAGUCACGGAUGCGUUGUCACUGAAGAAGAUGGGGGUGAACACUGUGGAUAUUACAGACUCUUCAUCAUCAUGUUCCUCCACAUUCAGGAGCCCUGUGAGAUUGAAUUCCUCAUCAGACUAAUGCCACAUUCCUGCCUGUUAAAUGAAACAACCAUCCAAAUUCUGUUACUUUUCAAAGCUGUUGAAGAUUCCAUCAGGAUAUUCAUAAUCAGCAAUAUGUUUUAGAAAUACAAGCUAUGUACUGAUUUUUUUCUUUAUUAACUGGUGCCAGUGCACACCCACUAGCUAGUUAUCUCCUAUUGUAUGACACACAUUAAUCAUAGAAGAUGAGGGCAAACCUCUUCCUCAAAGACACAUGAAGUAUCCACAUCUGUAUGAACUGCUGCUACAUGAAACUAUAUAGGGUGGCAGAAUGUGCUUCCUAGCUACAUUAGCUAUUCUGUAUCCAUGUCUUAGAGUAGCUGGAGUUGUUCUGAUGGACAUGGGAGAAAAAAAUAACCAUCCUUGCUGCCCAACAAGCAAGGGCAAUUACACUCUUUAAGAUUCCCAGCCAAAACUGGCUAUGACAUUGUCAAAACCUUAGACAAACAGAUGUUCUAUACAUUAAAUCCUGCUAGCGUUCUAUCCUGUUUACACACCCUAGCACCUUCCCAUUUCCUUCUCCAUUGACCUAGAUUGACAGUUUGUGUCACACACUUUCUGGCAUGCUUCAGUAAAACUGCAUGUAUGUACACCUAGCUGAUCUAUCUUACAGCACUGCAGAGAUCUAAUCAAUAUCUGCUUUAGAUCUGUUUGAAGGUGAGCAUCAGUUAGCUUCCUGUACACUUUGCUUUAAGAUCAGUGCAAGACUUUUGGAAAGAUCAUCAACACAGAGAGGGUUUUUUUUCCAUACCUGCCAUCGGCUGUUACUCAGUUGUUGAUAACACCUCCCCUAUGUACAAAUGCACAAUGUAAGUUGUCUAUUCUACAUGAAAAAAGUUGCAUAACAGUACCUGAACUUGUAACCCUUGAAUGCACAAUACUUUGUCAGUCAGAUAGGCGACAAUUAUAUCAAGCACUUUGCAGUGUGAACUAGCACAGUGUGCAUCUAUUCUGUCCCCCUGAAUCGCUGUGUAGGCAUAUUGCACCAUUACUCAUAUAUUGCACACUUCUGUGAUGGUAGCCCAGUCUUAGUUGGGUGGGAGAUGCUAGGUUAACCUUGACUGCACACCCGAGAUUUUGACUUAAGUAUGAGCUCCAAUAUUACAGUGAUAGAUCAAAUGUGUAUGCAAGUGAGCUUUGGCCAGCUCUUUCUGCCUGGAUAGAAUUACACUGGGCCUUGCAUGCUGGUCCUGAGAUUUGAAACCUACCUGACACUGUUGGCCAUUUGACCAUUUUUGGUCAAAUGGCCAAAAAUGACAGAGCCUCUUGCAUUAGCCAGUCUGCUGUCCUAAUAGUCUCGGUGAAUGACUUACAACUAAAAUAAACAAAUAUAAAAGAACUUGAUUAGUAUAGGUAGAUGAGGCAGGUUUACAUGUAUCUAAAUGGGAAUUACAUGAGAAUUUUUUUGUGAAUUAAAGACAAAAAAACUCAGGGAUAA